UCCUAUCAUGUGUGUCUGGAUGAUUUUCCAUGGUUGUUUUUUUGCUUCAAUCUUCGCUCAGAUAGAUGAUAUGUUUACAUAAGUCCUGUGUCUUUAAAUCGAACUCUCUUGAAUCUUGCAGGUUAAUGUACUUUGAUUUUAAUAUAGAAAAAAGUUUUGGGUCCUACCGCGACUGAAUGGGAGAUGCAUAUUUAUUUGACUCUGUUGCUCGUAUGAUUUAUUUUUUAUUUUUUAUUGUGACUACGUUUUAGACACAGUAUAAAACCACCCAUGAAAGCCUAACUGUCCAGCAGGCUUCAAAAUAUGACCAAAACAUCCCAAGAAACACAGUAACGCGUGGGUUGCUUUGCUUUCGCGAGCCCCUCCUUCACCCUCCCUGCGGUGCGCGCGUGCCCGACAUGUGAAGGCGCGCCCCCGAGGUGACUCACUCCAGGUGAAUGGGGAGAGAGAGAGGGAGAGAGAGAGAGAGAGAGAGAAGAGGGGGUUACGGUGCUGUGUACAUUACUGCACAGGGAGACAUGGAGAAAACUUUACAAACCACGGCAAACUGGGCACCGAUCUUCAUGACAGCCUCCCUUCUCUGGGCUUCGGGGGCACACGCACAUAAAGUCUAUUACUCCUGUGGAGCUGUAGUGGACGUGGUGGACUCAGAUGAACAGGGCCUCGUCUUAUCCCCGGGUUUUCCCAACCGCUACUACCCGGGGUUGCACUGCGUGUGGCAGUUCUUUGUGCCAGCUGGGUACAGACUGGUAAUGGAUGUAUUUGACUUUGAUGUGUUUGAGAGCGCGAGUGAAGACGGCUCUUCACCUGCUUUCAGAGAGAGCCUGGCAGACCCCACCGAAGAGAGCAGCACAUCCACCCCUGGGACUCUCACAAAAGACCCGGAUUAUGAGGCGGCACCAAAAUGGCUUUCCAACCAGACUGCAGGCUCCCCCUCAAAGACUGCCGAAGGUUACUAUGGAGGGUAUCCCAGGACCACGUCCAAAAAGGAUGACCCCAAGCAAGCACUGGUCCAAGAGCAGUCAUCCAGAAUGGAAGUGGCCAAGGUGUCCAACUCGGCCAGGCAGUCGUCGGAGUUUCUGCCGACUUCUCUGCCGACUAACGAGUCUCAGGCGAAGGAGAACAGCAGCCCCGGCAUGAGAGGGGACAACCGCAUCUCCUCGCACUCUUACAGGGGAGACGAUGACGACUAUCGUCCAGGUGAGAACACCACCCCUUCUCUGAAGGAGAGCACGGACGACAUUGCCAGCAGCGCUACUCAGACCCAGCCUCCUCCGAUCGACGUGUGCCCCCACGACCUCCUCUACAUCUCAGACCUCGUCACCUUCUCCUCCCGCUUCUGUGGGGCCAACAAGCCCAGCGCCCAGAAGCUGGUGUUCGGCUCCUCGCUGGAGCUGGUGGAGGUGAUAGUGGAGCUGAUCACCACCACGGGCCGAGGCCGGGGCUUUGCGCUGCUCUUUCAGUACCACAACGAGACGGACAUGGGCUCCGACCGCUCCCUGGAGCCCGGGAACCGCCGGGCUGACGCGCUCCUCGCUGUCGUGAGCGCCGCCGGCUUCUUCACAGUCGUCCUCGCGGCUGCCCUCUGCAUCAUCUUCAGACAGAAAAUAUGUGGAAAAGGAGCCAACUCCUACUCACCCAACAAUCAAGAGUCGCAGCGUGGCAUCCAGAACUCUGCCAUGGGCAUCAGUGAGCUUCAGCUGGUGGUCCCAAACCACUCGAGCCUGGAGAUCUCCACGGACAACGAGAACAACAACCACACCCGGAGCCCCGCCCGCACAGGUACCUCGCUGAGUGCUGUGUGCCAGCGUGACGAGCAGGAGGUUUCCUCCAGCGGACUCACCGUGUCGGAGUCAGGGACCGACGAGGUGUUCGUUAUCUCUGCAGGACCAGGGCCCAGCGGACUGAGCUUCUCUACCUACAAACAAGACAAGAACCUGAAGAGUAAUGAGACGAGCCCAGGCACAGUGUGUGACUGGCUGACUCCAGACACUGCCAGCCCCCCUCCAUUCCCAGAUCCGAGGUCUGAGAGGGACAGUGGAGCCCCGAGACCCAGGGCCUGGAGCGUCCGCACCUUCCACGACUUCCUGCCACCGCAGCUGCAGAGGAAGUGGUGCAGCUGGAACUCCACUAGCCCCUUCACAAAACUGGUGGACAAUGGUUCCGCCAGGUCAGGGUCAGACUGUGGCAGGGAAAGAGAGCGGAUAGUCAUGUCGGAGGCCCACUUGGAAGCCGAGACAAAGAAGAAUCACUCGGACUCUUCGAUGAGCAACGCCUCGUACCCCUUGAGCCAGCACUCCCAAAGACAGCGCCGGCUCAACUCAACAAGCAACCUGCGCAGAGCCAGGUUCGGGAGCCCUUGCUUCGGGUUCCGAACAAGCUCACCUGAGUCCACCAAAGGUCCCACCGGCCCCCCAGGACAGCCUCAGGAUCCCAGGAUCGUCCCUGGAGAGGUCCUGAAUGGCUCUUCCAGCAGGACCCUUCAGGUGGAUGCUGCAGCAAAGACCGGGGUCCACCCCGCCGAACCUGAUGGAGCCAUCGUGCCGGUCUUUGUCAUCUCGGAGGAGGACGACCGGCAGCCGUUGGUUCUUACUGAGCAUCUUGGACAGUGUGGGGAGUCUCAUCAGAAUGGUGAUCAGCAGGACUUGAACCCCAAAAGGAAAAAGGACUACAAGAGUCCGGCGGCCCAACACCAUCUCAGUUCGGUCAAUGGGUCCCCUUUCAAGCCCAGCACAACGUCCGACUGGAGCCUUUGGGGGAACCCCAAGAGAAUGGACUGUGUUGAUCAAUCCAGUGUUUUUAUUUCCUCAGAUAAUCAGAGCAGCCUCUCACUAACAGAUGCCAGUGCGACAGAGUCACCGUAUGCGUACAAUACUCCAACUCAGAAGUCAUGCUCAUUAGUUCAGCCAGCCACAGUAUACUGUGGGGUUAGUGAACAAGUGUGACGCUUGGAAAGCCCCAGUGUUGAAAAUGCAGGACUGCGGAGGAAGAAAUAUUGGGCUUCUCCUCUUCUGCCAGUUCUUAGUAAGUUGCAUCUCUUAGGCUGAAGUCCAGUCAAUCCUUUAUUUAACCAGAUGAGAAACCAGCUCACAUUACUGCUUUGGCUUUAUCUUUUGUCUUCUGAAACCAACGUUAAAAGGACCCGGCUUUCCUCCAAACACUAUGCCAGGGAUGUGUUGCCCUAGGACAGUAGUGAAGUAGAGAAACCCUACACUUUGUGUAUUGUCAGAUUUGUUAAGAUUCUGAGAAUGCACCCUGGAAAUACCUUGCCUGUGGCAUAGCUUCCUCUCUGACGAUAAUAUAAGAUGUCAGUUUGACCUACUCAUAGCAUUAGUGUUGAUGCAAUGGGACUCGUAGUCUUUGCUCUGGGUUCACAGUGCUACGCGAGGCUUAUUGAAAUCUGGGGUGCCUGCGGCAGGGUGUUUGUUUGAGAGUGACGUAUAAGGAGCAGAUCUUCCAAACAUGGCAACUUCACAGGAUUUUCAGCUCUCUUAAUCUGGCCCACGAUUUCAAUCCAGAAGUCUUCACUCUAUUAAAACACCACACCAGAGAGGUGACAGUUAACUGACAUGAUGUGUCCUCCCUCCUACUGUAGAAACUGGAAACCUGGCAUUCUAAAAGCAGAUGCUUUGAUUUGAAAAACUUUUUUUCGGUAACUUUCACAUGCAAUUUCUUGGUUGUCCUGAGUUGGAUCAUAUUAUGGCAUGGUCUGAAAAUCAAAUGAAAAAGAAAGUUUUGGGUAGAUGCACUUUGAUGUGGGUUACCACUUAGCAAGGUGCAGAGGGUGUUUAAACAUUUCCUUUACCUGCUAGUUUUGUAUUGCUUCACGGGAUCCUCACGCUGAGUUAGAGAGGCACCACUUUCUUGGGUUAUUGCAAUCUGUUGUGUCUAACCCUGGUUCACAAGCACCACGUUUGUAGAUACUGUCUAGCAUGUAAAUAAAAGCAUCUUACUGUCUUUAUAGCACAAAUGAAUGAGACUACCUUGAGAUUUUUUAUAGCACUGUUACAUUUGCAACAAAAAGGGAAUAUAGAGUAGUGUUGAUAAUAUAUAUUGUUUAAAAAAAAAAAAAAAAAUGUACCUGUCCGUGGAAUCUGGUUGAAUUUAAUUACUUUAGAA